AUGCCGGCGCGCGCCUCGUGGGCGACUCCGCCAGAGGUCGAGUCGCUCUCGCACGGGGACCGGAUGCGACUGGCCCGGCUGCGCGAGAUCAAGGCGCUGCUCGAGCGCAAGCAGCAUGCGACAGAGGCCCGAGCCCCGACGCCGCCGCCACCACAGGCGCCGGUGCCGGCGCUGCACCGCCCACGCAAGCCCUCCCACCCGGAGCAAACGCUGCGGCCGGCCAUCUCUCCGGCCGCGCUGCGGCGCGGCCUCGCUCUCUCCCGCGCACGCGCGCAGCGGGCUGGCAAUGCGGCGAAGCUCAACGUACUCCGCACUGGGGACGGCGCCGCCGCCUUUGAGCGGCAGAUGCGCAUUCGAGCCUACGCCAAGGCGGACCUCGCGUACCUCGAGAUGGUGCGCACCAAGGCGGGGCUGCACCACCAGACGGCGGGCGCGCUCGCCACGUCCGAGGCGGAGCAGGCGCUGGCGGAGAGCUGGCAGCAGCUGAUCCUCCUCCGGCUCAAGAGCCAGAAGCUGCAGCUGCAGCAGCGCGCGCGGCCAAUGACGGCGGAGCAGCGCGCUGCCAUCGAGGCCGACAUCAUGCAAGAGACGUCGCGGAUCGCAACCACGCUCCAGGAGCCCACCAGCGCUGCUUCCGCGGAUGCCACCGACGCAGACAACGUCAGUGCAGCGCCUUCGGCGGCCCCCUCGCGGCAGCUCCACUCUCUGCUCGAGGAGGGCUGCGGCGCUGCUGGAGCAGAGCCAGGGGCGGAGCGAGGGGCGGGAGGGGCAGAGCGAGGCGGCGAGGCGUCGUCGCCCGGGAAGAGCGGCUCGCAAGAGACGGAGCUCGCAGCCGCCGCCGCAGCGGUGGCCGCGGCGCUCGUCAAGGUGAUGCCAUCGAGUGCAGUGCCACCGAGCACGCGCGGCGGCGGCGGAGGAGACGGUGCGGCCAGCGCCCUCCGCAUGAGGCGAGCGCUUUCGCGCGCCGAGCGGGCGCUGCUCGAGGAGGACGCAAAGCUCAGCCGGCUGCAGAUCCGCUCCUUGCGCGGCGCAGAAGGGGUCGGCAACGGCGCUGCUCUGCGUGGAGAGCGCGAGCUUCGCAGUUUGCACGCCGCGCUAUCGCACUCUCACUCGCUGCUCGCGUCGCUGCAGUCGGAGCUGGCCGUCUUUGGCAAGGCGCCCGCCACGCCGCUUUCUGCUGGCGGCGCGGGGCGUGGUGGCAGCCGCCAGACGGGUAGAGGGUCGAUCGGCGCGGGCAGUGCAGUCCGGCACAGGCAGCCCGCGGCUGCCGUGGCGAGCUGCACGGCGAGACGAGCCUCUGGCCAUGGAGGAGCGUUCGGUCGGGCGGGGCGGGGUGGCGAGGAGGAGGGCGGCAGAGAGGGCGAAGUGGACGGGCUAAAUUGGGGCGACGAGGGCGUGGACGACGAGUGGGAUGAGGGUCUCAACGAGGUGGACGAGGCGGCGGCGCUCGAGCCACACCUCAGCCUCGACGAGCCCUGUGGUGCUAGCCUCGAAGGUACAAGCUAUGCUAGUAGCCUCUUAGCUAGCGACGAGUUUUGA